AUGGCGCGGAUGGGGAUAUUUUGUUAUGCAGUGUCCAUGAUGCGUGGUGGAGGUAGGGCACCCGUCUCGGUGCUCCAAGCCGGCUGUCAACGCAACGCACAUGUAGACGCGGCUCGCAUGGCCAUGGAGGGCGGGGCAGCAACAGGGCUGGAUGUCCACCAGUCAAUGGGUGGCUGCUUGGGGCUGGUGGUGGAAAAGCCGGUUGUUGGACCGGACGCGUGCUCGAGUGGUGGACAAUUCGGUUUCCAGCAGCCAACUCCCCCUUACGCCAGGCGCGCUAGCGCCGAACGGGCUAGCGCCUUUAUGCGUAGCGUCACAUCCUCCACAGUCGCCAAGCUACCACCAACUCCCCCACAAAAUGCACACGGCACGAGCACAAAGAGACGACGUCGAUAG